AUGUUUAAUUGGAUACGUGAUACCCUUCAAUCAUCAACACCGGUAGACGACAAUCAUUCGAGAAAAUUAGGUACAAUUGAGCCUGAACGAACACAAAUGAAUAUAUCCUCCAUCGACCAACAACCAUUGUUACCUUUAACAUCAUCAUUUCAUCAGCGACGACAGCCAUUACCACAACAUACAGCUUCAUUAAAAAGUAGUGACAAAAUUUCUCAAGGUAUUAAGCAUGUGUGGUUGAUUUAG